AUGAGUACUGGUUCACAAGAUGUUGUAAGAGGUAGUGUUGGACCAGAAGUUGAAGUCCUUGACAACAUUUGUCUUAACAAAGAAGUACAAAAAAAUAAGGAAGGUGAACCAAAGAGAGGUGCGAAAGCAUCUGCAAAAUCGUGGACACAAGAUGAAGAUGUGUUGCUUUGUCGAGCUUUAUGCACUAUCUCGAGUGCUCCGAUUGUUGGGGCUCAACAGAGUUCAGAUGGCUUUUGGAGGCGAAUCACCCUAUACUACAAUGAAAAUGGUCAAGCUCGGGACUUUAUUGAAAGAUCUAUGGACUCGGCAAAAUCUCAUUUUAAUGAUUUUCAUGGAAAUUGUCUAAAAUUUAAUGCAUCAAUAAAUAGGUUCCGAGCUGACCAGAGGAGUGGAGAAAAUGAUGCUAUUUUGUUGCAAAAUGCAUUAAUGGAGUGGAAUAGUGAUGGUAAGAGGAAAGGAGCCUUCAAAUGGCUCCACUGUUGGGAAAUUCUAAAAAAUAGUCCUAAGUUUCAAGGGUCAUCAACGACAAGUCGAGGAGGAAAAAAGUCUAGAAUGUAUGAAUCAGGAGAUCACACAUCUGGAUCUGCCCAAGAUUUGGAGCUGGAUUGUGAUGAUGAUGAGAGAUAUGUGCGUCGUCCAAUUGGUCAGAAGGCAGAAAAGGCAGGGAAGAGAAAGGUAAAAUGUAGCAUGGGAAUUAACACUGAUCAGAAAGCUGAACGUCCACAGAAUGAAUUUAAAAAGUUGGUUCGUAUGGAGUCUCCAAAGACCUAUCGAGAAAUGCUAAAGGAGGACAUUUCAACAAUGAUUGAAGAAGAAUAUACAUGA